GGCCAUCCCAUGAGCAGUAGCGAGAUGCCUAGAUCUCGCGCGAAAUGACCACGCCGCUGCUGCUCCUCGCCGUAAUCCUCCACGUCUGUGCCGCCGCCGUCGAGGCGCUGGUCUUCGACGUGCCGUCGGGCAGCUCCAAGUGCCUGACCGAGGAGCUCCGCCGCGGCGCGCUCUCCCGCACCUCGUACCGCGUGGCGCCGGAGUCCACGUCGGCGGCCGACCCAAGGGUCUCGGCGCGCGUGACGGGGCCGCGCGGCGAGGAGCUCCACCUGGCGGAGGCCGCCGAGCGCGGGGAGCUCAGGUUCCAGGCGGCGGAGGACGGCGAGCACACCGCCUGCUUCUGGACGCCCCGCUACGAGCGCGGCGCCGUUGUUUCCGUCGACGUGCAGUGGGACACCACCGGUGCCAGCGCCCGGGGUACCCCGCCGGCCGUCGCGGACGGCCGCAUUGCUGAGGAACAAGCAUCUGUCACUUUCCAGUCCAUUGCUGAAGAGUUGAAGAAAUUGGAGGACUCUGCUCGACUCAUACAUGAAGAGAUGAUUUCUCUGCGCCAGAGUGAGCGCGAGAUGCAGAGACUCAACCAAGACACGGCCACAAGGAUGCACGCGUUUACCCUGGUGUCGCUGGCCAUGUGCGUCGGUGUCGCAGGAUUGCAGCUGUGGCAUCUGAAGACUUUCUUUCAGAAACAGCAUAUACUGUAGAAGUUAGAACAGGUCCUGUACACAAUCUUUUUCCCCGUGUUCGCAGGGUUGAACUGAAAAUGGAUCAUUCAAUCAUAUUUCUUUAAGAAAUUGACAGUCAUUCGACGCGCACC